AUGCCUGACUGUAUGCCCCAAGACGUACAGCCGGACUCCCAGAACAAUAUGAUGGACACCCUAUUAUGGCUGCCCGGAACUGCUAAAUGUCUUUAUGCCAACAGAAUAUCGUUUGUGUUAGACUUUAAGGGCCCCUCAGUUGUCAUCGACACGGCCUGCUCUUCCAGUCUGGUUGCGCUCAACACAGCUAUGAAUGACAUGAGAUUAGGCAAAUGUCGUCAGGCGAUAGUUGGUGGCACUCAGCUCUGUCUCCAGCCCUUCACGAAUCAGAUCUUUCAGACGACAUCUCUUAACUCGAUUGAAGGAAUACCGAGAGUUUGGGACGAGAAGGCCGAUGGGUUUGUGAGGGGAGAGACUGUCUCUUGUAUUUUAUUGCAACGAAAGUCAGAGUCAAAGCGUAUUUACGCCACAGUCUUGAACUCCGGGGUCAACAUCGAUGGCAACAAAAGGAUGGGAAUGUUUUUCCCCUCAUCUGAAAGUCAGGAGGAGUUGAUGGUUAAGAUCUAUGAAGAGGCAAACAUAGACCCCUUAAAAGUUAACUAUUUUGAGGCCCACGCCACGGGAACCAAAGUGGGCGACCCAUUGGAGGCGAGAGCUAUUUAUAACGCCUUUUGCAUUAAACCUCAGCGCAAAGGAGUACUUCCGGUCGGUUUGCUUAAGAGCAACAUCGGUCACGCCGAGGGCGCAUCGGGUAUGGCAUCCAUUGCUAAGGUAUUGAUAGCGUUUGAAAAUGAAUGCAUUCCCGCGAAUCUCCACUUAAAGAAGAUUAAGAGCAGUAUUAGAGACUAUUGUCCUCCACUUCAACCCAUCAAUGAGAAUAUGCCUUAUAUUCCUGGUGUCGCUGGACUGAACAACUUUGGAGUGGGAGGUGUGAACGCGAGUGUAUUACUCGAAGCAAAUAAUAAGUUGCCGGAUGCGGACAGUUAUAAAAUAGCAGAUAUUAUCCCCAGAAUUGUGAACAUUUGCUGCAGAACUGAAGAGGCAUUGAAUGAGUUUUUCACAUUUAUUGAGAAUAAUCCCCAAAAAAUAACUCAACAUUUUCUCGCACUUUUGGCCGAAACUAUGAGAGUUCGACCAACGCUUCAGUCAAAUGGCUUUCCUUAUAGAGGAUCAAUGAUUAUUAAAAAGGUUGCCCAGGAUCAAUAUGAGUAUAACAAACAGUACUCAUCCUUUACAGCAAAGACUGUACGUCCCGUUUGGUUUCUAUUCCCCGGUCUUGGGGGGCAAUGGACUGGUAUGGCUAAGGCUUUGAUGCCGAUUAAGAUAUUCGCCGAUAAGAUAGAGGAAUGUCAUGAAGUACUCAAACCCUAUGGCAUAGACUUAAAACAUCUCUUGUUAUCUGAUGACAAGAACUCGAUGUCUAAUAUGACAAACAAAUUCUGUGCGACAACUGCUAUAGAGAUAGCGUUAUGUGAUGUCAUUCAAGCUCUUGGGAUAAUUCCGGACGGAAUUAUAGGUCACUCUUUCGGUGAAAUAGCGGCCGCUUAUGCCGACGGAUGUCUCAAUACCAGAGAAGCUCUUAUGAUGACAUACUAUAGAGGAGUUGUGACAGAAAGUGAUAAGAGGAUACCGAAAGGACUGAUGGCUGUCGUCGGUCUGUCCUGGAAUGAGGCGAAGAAGUUGUGUCCAAAGGGGGCGAGUCCUGUCUGUAACAACGGAAAUGAUACAGUAGUUGUUUCCGGCUUAUACAAUGAGACCAAACAAAUGGUUGAAGACUUGACCAAAAAGGGAAUAUUCGUUCGCGAACUCCAAAGUCAUGACAUCCCAUAUCACAGCGAAUAUCUCAUUACUUGUGCUCAAAGACUGACGGAUGAACUCAAGAAAUAG